CGUCACAUGAUGGAGAGAUGCAGCCAGCCAGCAGUAGCUGCCUCCCGACUAAUCACACAGCAUUAACAUAAACCAGCUAACUCCACGGGCUAACUUGGACAGCCAUCUGCCUUUCAUUUUCUUAUUCGCUCCGAAUUAAAAAGCCGCCAAGAGCAGACGGAGAAUUGACGGACGGUGCGAAACGAAGAACAACGUCACCGUCGCGCACGGUUACCUUAGUCCCUUCUUGCAUCCAGCUGAAAGCGUCAUUUGACAAAGCAGGGAAGCCCACGGUUGGAAACUCUACCUUGGCUAGCAGCGGGCUAGCCAGCUUGCUAGCUGCUAACAUUGCUAACUGUAGUUAGCUAGCUAGCGAGCUGUGAUAAGUUGCGUCAUGGAGGAGCUUGUAGUGGAAGUGAGAGGCACAAGUGGAGCCUUUUAUAAGGCUUUUGUGAAGGACGUCCACGAGGGAUCCGUCACUGUGGCAUUUGAAAACAAUUGGCAGCCGGAGCGUCAGAUCCCGUUCCAGGACGUUCGCUUCCCUCCUCCGACGGGCUUCAGCAAAGAGAUAAAUGAGAGUGAUGAAGUUGAGGUGUACUCCAGAGCGAAUGACAAGGAGCCAUGUGGAUGGUGGCUGGCCAAGGUUCGCAUGGUCAAAGGAGAGUUUUACGUGAUCGAGUACGCGGCGUGCGACGCCACGCUGAACGAGAUUGUGACGCUGGAGCGGUUACGGCCAGUCAACCCGAACAAGCCAGCCACCAAGAACACCUUCAUCAAGAUGAGGCUGGAAGUCCCUGAAGACCUGCGACAGAUGUGCUCCAAGGAGUCGGCGCACAAAGACUUCAAGAAGGCCGUCGGCGCGUUCAACAUCACCUACGACUCUGAGAAAAAGCAGCUGGUCAUCUUGUCAAUGAAUGAGGUCACGACAAAGCGGGCCAACAUGAUGAGCGACAUGCACUUCAGGAGCCUCCGCACCAAACUGUCGCUCAUGAUGCGGAACGAGGAGGCCAGCAGGCAGCUGGAGAGUUCCAGACAGCUGGCGUCUCGGUUUCAUGAGCAGUUUGCGGUUCGGGACGACCUGAUGGGUCUGGCCAUCGGGACUCACGGGGCCAACAUUCAGCAGGCGCGAAAAGUCCCCGGCGUCACCAACAUCGACCUGGACGAAGAGACUUGCACCUUCCACAUAUACGGGGAGGACCAGGAUGCCGUCCGAAUAGCUAGGAGCUACCUGGAGUUUUCCGAAGAUAUCAUCAAAGUUCCCCGAAACUUAGUCGGAAAAGUGAUCGGAAAGAACGGCAAGCUGAUCCAGGAAGUGGUGGAUAAGUCCGGUGUGGUGAGGGUUCGAAUCGAGCCGGAGAACGACAAGAAGCCCUCGGCGGCGGCCGCGGCAGCAGCAGAUGAGGUCAGUGGUGUCGGGAUGAAAACGCCUCAGUUUCUGGAUUUUCUUCACAUCUCUUCCACAUCAAAAUGUGUUGAUGUUCUUCUUCAGGGAAUGGUGCCAUUUGUGUUUGUGGGGACCAAGGAAAGUAUUUCCAAUGCAACAGUGCUCCUGGACUAUCACCUCAAUUACCUUAAGGAGGUGGACCAGCUGCGCUUGGAGCGCCUUCAGAUUGACGAGCAGCUGCGACAGAUAGGGGGCGGGGGCGGAGGGGGUGGGGCAGGCCCCCGAAACCCCAAAGACAAAUCCUAUGUGUUCGAUAACGGGAUGGGAAUGGGGAUGGGCAGAGGAGCAGGAGGUGGGAAGCCCUACGUGGGAGGAAGAGGCGGACGGGGCCGGAGAGGGGGCGGGGCGGCGUUCACCUCAGGCACCAACUCGGAGGCGUCCAACGCUUCGGAGACGGAGUCAGACCACCGAGAGGAGCUGAGCGACUGGUCCCUGGCUCCCACCGAGGAGCUGAUGACGGGAGGCGGGUCCCUGCCCAGGCGGACAGACGGCAGGAAACGAGCCGGAGGGGGGGGGCUGAGAGGCCGCGGGGGCAGAGGGAGAGGAGUGGGAGGGUAUAAAGGUGAUGACAUGCAGUGGGGCGAGCCAAGACCUCGACAUGUAAGGGACCCAAAACCUCGAGGCCAGGAAGACACACUGCAGAUCCGUGUGGACGGAAACAACGAGCGCAGCGUGCAGCACUCAUCAGGCGGCCGAGGAGGAGGAGGAGGACCUUCUUCAUCCCAGAGUGGCAUCGCCGUCGGCGGGGACAGCCAGUCCCGCCAUCACCAACAGAGACCCCUGAGAGACCGGGGGAUGAAGAAGGACAAACAGGACGCUCCGGCGCUGGUGAACGGAGUGUCGUAGAUGCACCCACUGAGGACCUUCUCUCUCUCUCACACACACACACACGCCCACACACACACACAGGCAACUUCUCAAACACCAUCUUAUAGUUUCUGGCGUAUUUUAUUUUAUUUUUUUGUCUUUUUCUCGUCUUUGUCGCACACAAGAGGACACGCAUUUUCAUUGGCAUGGAAACGUUUAGCGAAGUCUUGAUCUGUUCCCGCCUGCUGCCGUCUCCUGUUCUUCUCUGGACUGUUUUUGGAACAAGAGGACAAGAAGAAGAAGGUUUUGACGAAAGCUCCUCUGUGACAGAAGGGUUAGCUGAGGGGGCGGGAAAAAAAACGCUCCCAUUUCACGCCGUCAACACCACAAAUAUGUAUUUUUUGGGGAGUUUUUUUUUUUUUUUUUCCCCCUUCGGUCUCAUCCGGGCUUACUCGCACGAGAAAACGGGAACGACGACGACGGCAGCAGAAAUCUGUGGAAACGAUUUCAUCCAUUUGGCAAAAAGUUUCAACGUUUUGAACUCUUAGAGAUGAUCGCAGACUUCGCUGUGUCCAAACAUAUCCCUUUCCCCCACUGGUACAGAAACACGUUUUGCUUCUCUAAAACUCCCAAAAUCCAACAUUUUCAGAGUCACCCAAAACCAGCUUUCUACACCGUACCUGUUCAAAAAAAAAAAAAAAAAAGUAGCAAAUCUGAGAUUUUUUUUAUUUUUCGUCCUGGUAGGAAGACGUUUGGUUGUGGGGGAAAAAAUGUUUGCAGAUGGCACUUUACUUUGAUUUUCUACCUUUUUUCCCCACACUGAAAUACAAACAGGUAGGCACUCCUAAAAGCGACGCUCUACAUCACGCUGUUAUUUAAAAAGGUCUUUGUUUGGUUUGAUGCCUAAAUAUUGUAAGCUGUCGGACCCCGUCUCUUCUGAAGCAUACAGACUUAAACCUGAGGCCAGCUGGUGUGAAAUAUCUGUUCUAUUUUUUUUUUUUUUAAAAAAAGCAAAUUAAAACUCAGCAGCAACUUCCAAAAGUCUAGGUUUGUACUACGUCAAUGUCAACUGUCAUUUUGUAAAAAAAUAAAAUAAAAUAAAAUAAACGCUCCACCUCUCUUGUGAGCAGAUUGCUGAUACGAUGAGAGAAAGGUUAAAAAAAAACAAAAAAACACUGACUCAUGGCUCCAGCCUGUAAAAUAAAAGAUUGAUGCUCGUAUACGGAUUCAUCGCAGCACGCCUGCACUGGUUUUAGACGAUACUGCACUGAUUCACAGGGUGGUACUAAAGAGCUGUCUGGUGACGACUCCUAACCUGCAUUUUACUUUGGUUUCUGGCUCUAUUUACUGACAUUAAAAGAGUCCACUUAAGUGGAGGGCAGAUGAAAUGGCUCAAACAGGACAGUUCUCCUGUUUAAUUUAUUAAUUUGUCAAGUCUUUUCAUUUGUAAAACAUAUUUGUCUUAACUGUAGAUGAAAUAUCAGUUGUUUUUGGCUGAGGUUUUGCCCCCUUUCCCCCCCGUUCUGCUUGUCCAACAUAUUUGUGAUCUAUCUCUUUCCUGUUUACCUUUUUUUUCCCCGUCAAAAUCACAUUUUGGCUGCAUCUUGUAAACGACAAAAAUGAGACAUUUUCCUACAGCUACGGAAGUCAGCGAAGCGGUCAUUAUGUGCGUGUGAUUUUUUUUUCAUAAACUGUGAGCUUCUCGUUUUUCAGUCACCAAGAGGCUCCUUUAUGUUUGUGCCUUGGGUUUAUGUUCCUCCUCAUCUGUAAAUUUGGCAAAUUAUAAAGGAAACCGUCAUCAGCGUAAUGAUG